AGAAGCAACACGGGGCUGAGCGCAGGCUGAACCGCGUCGCCACUCGCACGCCGCACGCCCGCCCGCCGCAUCAGCUGCUCUCUGCGCCCCGACAGCGCCGCAGGAUUUAGCGCGGAACGGACGGAGGAGUUGGACCAGCCGGGUCUCCAUCCUGGGGGGAAGGUCAGUGAUGCUCAGUGCUUUUUAGAGCCUGCAGCCAAGGAUGUCUGCCACAGAUUCCGACAACUCCAUCGACUGGCUGGCCAGUGACAAUGAGAGCGAGCAGGAGUCCGAGUGCAGAGGAAGGCCGAGCCAGGCCGAGGCUCCUUCCUGCCCCGGCGGGCCGCCGCCCCUGGGCCCGCCCGACGGCGGCAGCCACCGGGGCAGCGAGGCGGAGGAGGGCGACGGUCACCGCGGCGAGGUCAGGGAGGCCUCGGGCCGGGGAUUCCCCGCCUCCGGCCGCACGGGGACACGGGCCGGCGCCGCGGGACUGCGCAGUGCACAGCAAGCAGAGAAAACAGGCGGCAAAAACACUCAGCAGGCGCCGAAGAGGCCCCGCGGCUCCGCAGAGGAGGAUCGCAAAGAACGGCAGCUCAUUUCCAGCGGGUCGGAGAAAAACCACAUUUUUAGGAGAAAGUGCAUGGAGCUGCAAUGCUACAUUCAUCCACUCUCAUCUAUCUUGAAUGGCCUUCGUUCAGGGAGAUACAGAGAACGACUCAGCAGUUUCCAGGAGAGUGUAGCCAUGGACCGGAUCCAGAGGAUCAUGGGUGUCCUGCGGAACCCGUGCAUGGGGGAGAGAUAUAUUAAUAUCAUUCUGAAAAUGGAAGAGAUGCUAAAGACCUGGUUCCCUAAUAUACAACUCGGAGAGCAACUCACCGUCACCCAGACAGAACAAGCUCUUCCUACCAAGAAACUGAAGCUGUCCCCUGAAGCCACGAGCCCAGUCAGCGCCAGUGAUCCUCCAGCAGGCGGCGAAGCCCCGAGAGUCCCUGACCCCACCCCCCCCGGAGCCUACUCCGCCAGCAACCUGAAGUGGCUCCACACGUCACCCGUCUUCUCCCCCUUAGCCCAGCAAGGCGGCCCCGGGCACCUGCUGUCCCCCAGAGACCUAACGCAGGACAACGCCGUGUCCUCCAGCACGGACAGCCACGCUAGGACACACUCGGCGGCCAGAUGCCCUGCAUCCCCUCCUCCUGCUCCUCCUCCUCCUCCUCCGCCGCCGCCGGGCAAAAUAAACGCACCCUGCCUAGAGAGGCUCCUCAUGUCAACAGAAAGCAUCAUCGUGCGUAAGGGGACGGGGGGGUUGACGGACAGCAGCUGGUCCUAGUCCUGCGCCGACGGCCCGGGUGUCGAGCUGCAAGCAGCGCCCGGCCCGGCCCACCCUGCCGCCGGGGGACCAGUCGCUUAGCCCAUUCCAGCCUUCGGAGGGGGGAGGAGGGGGUGUCCCAAAUACCACUCCAACGUGGAUGGAGCGCUGACGAACAUGGACUCUCUGUACGGGAAUGCGCCCUCUCUGACAUGACAAGUGUCUGCUUUAGCUCCCCUCUGUCGAGUAAUCUUUCCUCUUCUUUUUUGUUUUUUUUUGUUUUUUUUUGUUGCACUCUUGAAUUCGUUGUGGGAGAGCGGGAACGAUAGAUUUGACACGCAGGAGAUCACCAGAGCUGGUUAUUUCACAACUGAACUGUUCCCACUGGCUUGUAGAUGCAAUAAUACAAUUUGAGUAAAUGUGAAACCGCCAUUAUGCCUGAAGGGGAAAGAGCCGCGGGACUAGUUUGUAUCGGAGGGGAUUUUACUUUUAGAUAUCAAAAACUCGUCAAUGGUCUACAUAUUGUGCUGGAAAUGUGGGGGAAAUGUGAUGGUUUUUUUUCUCGCCCCGCCCAACCCCAUGACUCCACUCUCGAGUUCAUUGAUGUGACUGUUACUCAUUUGUAUACUUUAUAAAUUAGUCUUUUGGUACAACUGUUCUACCUCAGUGGGCAGCACGUCGGAGUCGGUGAGCAGGAAUGGGAGCGCUACACUCAAAGCCUGGACACGUCCUCUGCAGUGAGCCAAGCCGGCGUCUGACGGGGACCACAGUCGUCACGCAGAGGGGGGGGGGGGGGGGGGGGGAGCUGUCGUGGCCUGACUGGUGCCAUUGUAAAGAAUGUCAACUGCAGAUUUCGCUUUUUUGAGUCUCCCAGUAGAAGGCAAAACAGUGCCUGUAAUGUCAAGCUGUGCCUGUAAGCCGCUAUGAUGAAGAGAGGGAACAGUUGAGAAAACCGGCUCCUCUGUGUUGGAUGUACAAAUCGGGAAUUCUCACUCUCCUACCACUCCCUGUAUCGAAUAAAUUAUUCAGAUCUUGCCAACUACUUUCUGUGGUGGAGUAGAACAAUUAUUUUAUUUUGCCACAGAACUGGACAGUAUGUUAGACCAGCAGAGAGGGACGUGAUAUUUCUCUGUGCAAAUCUUACAGAACGGUUGUAGAUUUUCCCUGAAAAGUGGCCUUUUUAGUGUGAAAUUUUAUACUUUCAAAAAUAAAUGUGAUCAUCUUUGUUUGAUGCAAAAUGGCUGCAGAUGUUUU